ACCGCCACAGUUGAUCGCUGAGCAUCCCUUUGACCGCAUUUCUUUGUCGCCACGUCUGGGUUGAAGCUUUGUCUUUCGUUGUUAUAUGUGCAUGUCGUGAGUCUUACCCGUAGGCGAAUUGAACACGAAGCGACUCGCAAUCGCCAGUGCCAAUCAUGACGCUCAGAAAGGUCUGCACGCCUGAGGUCCUUCUAAGCGCACCAAGACGAUCAGCAGCUGUCCCCAGUCCCGAUGGCAAGCUCGCGCUCUACACACAGUCAACAUACUCGUUCGAGACGCACACCCGCACGAACGAGAUUUGCGUGCUAGACAUCACCACAGGUCAAUCCGUCACCAUCAGCAAGGACUCCAAAGCUACCGAGCCCAAAUGGACCGGCACCAAUCACGAAGUGCUCUGGCUCAAGGAGUGCGAGAACGGCAACACCAGCUUCGUCAUCAGCGACGCCACUCUCCCUGGCAAAUUCUACACCGCCGGCACAGUUUCCGGUCCAGUCUCGAGCCUCAAGCUUUCUGUGAUAGAACCAGGCAAAGUCGCAUUCGCUGUUGUCGGCCAAGCCAAUCCCGACGGCAGCCUUUUCAACCCCAAAGACGUGCAGAAGCAGCACAGCUCCGCGCGCCUGUAUGACUCACUUUUCGUGCGCCAUUGGGAUACAUAUAUCACGGACCAACGCAAUAGCAUUUUCACAGGAUUACUCCAGAAAUCAGAACCAGUCGUCACAUCCCGGCCGGGUCGGUAUAGUGUUCUUGGUUUCAAGAAUGCCCUGCGCGGCACAAAGCUCGAAUGUCCUAUCCCCACGUUCGGCGGGACCGACCAUUUCGACAUUGGACCGACUGGAUUGACUAUCGUCGCGAAAGAUCCGGAUCUCAAUCCUGCAACGCACACCAAGGCCCACUGCUACUUCCUCCCCCAGACAGAUCUGAUGGAUCUCAGUGUGCCGAAGUUCCGGCGGAUCCGAGUCCCUGGAUUGAACGGCGCGGCCACAUCCCCCGUCUUCUCACCGUCGGGAGAAUCACUGGCGUUCCUGAAGAUGGGAGUUGACGGUUAUGAAAGUGACAAGAACAGGAUCGUCCUCGUCCAUGGCCUCGGCGAUCACGAUUUAGUGGCAAAUGAGCUGAUGCACACUAUGGAUGGGAAAGGUGGAUGGGACCGAUCCCCAACAUCGCUCAAGUGGACGCUAGACGGGAAGACGCUGCUCAUGGAGGCAGAGGAUGUCGGUAGGGGAUGCCUUUUCGCGCUGAAUCUGGAAUUACAAGCUCCCGGACCCUCGUGGCGGCCUCGACAACUCACGCACUCGGGGUAUAUUAUCGAUUUGGCCCCCAUGGCCGCGGACUCUCAUUUGUUCCUCGUCUCCAGCAAUAAUCUCACAGAUAACAGUCUUUACACUAUCGUCGAUCCGACGGGACAGUCAGAGCCUGUUGUGCUCUCGUCGUUGAGUGGCGAAGGCUCGAGAUUUGGUCUGUCGCCGGAACAGGUCUCGAGUCUGUGGUGGAGGGGCGGUGAUGACCAGCCUGUCCACGCGUGGAUGAUGAGGCCAAGUUUCUUUCGCGCCGAUCACAAGUACCCUCUGGCGUACUUGAUUCAUGGUGGGCCCCAAGGUGCAUGGAACGAUCAGUGGUCGACCCGCUGGAACCCGGCUGUCUUUGCGGAACAGGGGUAUGUGGUCAUCUGCCCGAAUCCAACUGGCUCAACGGGCUACGGACAAGCGUUUACCGACGCUAUUCGCAACGAGUGGGGAGGUCUGCCGUACGAAGAUCUGGUCAAGGGAUUGGAGUAUAUCGAGUCGGAGAUUGAUUCCGUGGAUACGACGCGUGCUGUCGCAUUGGGCGCUAGCUAUGGCGGGUAUAUGAUGAAUUGGAUGGAAGGUCACGAUCUGGGCCGCAAGUUCAAAGCGCUGGUUUGUCAUGAUGGCGUUUUCAGCAUGACUGGGCAGGUCGCGUCGGAGGAACAGUAUUUCCCGGUGCACGACUUUGGUGGACCGAUCUGGGAGAGGCAAGACGUCUACGACAAGUGGGAUCCGAGUCGAUUCACGAAGAAUUGGGCUACCCCGAUGUUGGUCAUUCACAAUGAGCUGGACUACAGAUUGACCAUUGCCGAGGGCUUGUCGGCGUUCAAUGUGCUGCAGAUGAAGAACAUUGAAAGUCGAUUCCUGAGUUUCCCGGACGAAAACCAUUGGGUGUUGAAGCCUGAGAAUAGUCUGGUCUGGCAUCUCGUUGUCAUCAACUGGAUCAACAAGUUCGUUGGGUUGCCAAAGCUGGUUGAUCGGCAGGGGAGGGAUGGCUCGAAUUUCUGUCGGCAAGGCGUAAGGAGAGAACAGGUUGCGCGAAAACAGAGCAUGUCUCAUCUGGAGCAGUAAAAAGCUAUGGUUGGGAGAGGAGGAGGUAAUGUAUUAUACGUCGAGUGUAAUCGGCGCUGAAUGGAUGGAGGAUCGCUCGCAC